GGCAUAGGGAGAGAACAUCAGAAACAGAGGUAAUGGUGUACAAUGUGUGUAUGUGGGGGCUGGGGCAAGACACAGGACACCGUGGAUGGGCUGCACUGUGCGGUGAGUAUUCCAGAUGAGUCUGCAGGUUGUUAAAAGCCACUCCUGUGAGAAAUCAUGUUGAGCUGAUACCAUCUGAACUCUGACAAGACAGAUACUUCUGAAGGCGGCACUCCGUUAUUAAUUUUGUAACAGAUUGUUAACUUACACAAAUUGCCAUGUUGAAAGUCAGCUUAGGUCCAGCAGAGGCAUGUCCCUCAUGGAGGAUAGACAUACUACUGUGGAGCUUCAACUUCGACCUAAGCAGCAGCUCUGACUUUCCCUGCUAAGCCACCACUCUGUCCUAAGUAUUUUGAUAAUGUUGUGGAAGUGGUUGGUUAUGGGAGAAAGGAGGGAGACUGGAGUCGGUUUCUCAGAAGAAGCAUUUCCCUAUAAAGUGGACAGUCUGAGAAGGUCAGAGAUUGUACUGAAAGCCAGGAGCAGAAUUGAAAGCCAGGCCUAAGGCAGCUUGAUGGCUCUUUCCAUAGACGAUUUGGCUUUGUUGGAAACCUAAGUUCUAGUGUACAGCUUGUAGCACAGGAAUGCUUGAGAGCUGUACAGUACAGUUCCUUAGAAACAUGAAAUCCGAGUGGUGUGGGAGGAACAAUAUCACUGCUGCCUCAAGUUAGGAUGUGCAUCAUAGGGCUGAUGCCCAGACUGAUCUCACUUUGAAAAGUCUCUUUUUUACCCAUUGGGACAGAAACUAAAGCUGCAGAGUGGAGAGACAGCAAAAGAAGAGAAGCACCCUGCAUCAGCCCAGUCCACCCCGAGCAGCACCCCUCACUCGUCCCCUAAGCAGAAGUCCAGGGGCUGGUUCCCACCUGGCUCCUCCACAGCCUUACCUGCUCCGAAUCCUCACACCAUGGAUCCUGGGAGUGGAAAUGAUAGGAACUCAGUAGACAAAUGGAUCCUCUUUGGACCACAACCACUGCAGAAAUCUGAUUCUGGUUUUGCCAUUCAGGCUUACAAAGGUGCCCCCAAACCCUCUCCUAUGGAGGUGAUGCGUGCCCAGGCUACACGAGUAGGUGAAGAUCCAGGAACCUUCAAGCCGCCAAAGAUGGAUGUCCCAAUGGUAGAAGGAAAGAAAGAACCACUUCGAACCCAUAAACUCAAACCCCGUGACCUGAAUGUGCUCACACCCACUGGCUUCUAGAAUGCUUUCUGUCCAGGGUCUGUAACUUCCCUGGGCUCUGACAUAGGAGUGAUGUGGCUAACUGAGGCCUGAGUGAGUGUGCAGAUUGUCCUUGGGUCAGUGAGAAAAACCAUUUCACACUGCUCUAAGGUUGGUGGAAAAUGUCAUUGGUGUAGUGUUGAGGACCUCACUUUUUUCUUUUUUUUUUAAUCAUUUAUCCUAGAGAAGGACUCUGAUCCUUGCUUUCCUAGGUAAAUUAUGCUGGAGUGCUUCCAAUACUAAGGCCUCUUGAUUCUUUUCCGUUGAUCAGUAUGAGCAUUGACAAAUCAUGGUAGAGGUGCCCACCAACCAGUUUGCACAGCGGAGGCCUUCUGACAUGCAUUAGCCUGGACUUCUCUGAGAGCUGGAUACAGCUCAUGGCUACACUUGGCAGGACCCUGUCUCUAAGCUGAACCACAAGUUCUCUCCUCCUUUCCCCCCCUC